ACGAACAGAAAUGGGAAUAUUCUUAAAAUAUUAUCUUCUAACGGUCAUUAUAGCGCUGCCACAGUGCUAUGCUAUCCGCCAUGAAGUCAGAAAGUUCCCUGAAGGAUUCCUGUUUGGAGCUUCUACAGCUGCCUAUCAAGUAGAAGGUGCUUGGAAUGAAGAUGGAAGAACGCAAAGCAUUUGGGAUUAUUUGAGCCAUCAAACCCCCUGUACUAUUAAAAAUUGCGAUACUGGUGACAUAGCAGAUAACUCUUACUAUCUUUAUAAAAGAGAUGUUGAAAUGAUAAGAGAAUUGGGUCUCGACUUCUAUAGAUUCUCUCUUUCUUGGACAAGGAUUCUUCCAACUGGUUUUCCAGAUAUUAUUAAUGAAGCUGGCGUACAGUAUUACAACAACUUAAUAGAUGAACUGUUGAAAUAUAACAUAGAACCCAUGGUAACAGUUUAUCAUUGGGAUUUACCACAAAAACUUCAAGAGCUCGGCGGUUGGGCAAAUCCAAACAUCGUGGAUUGGUAUGCCGAUUUCGCGAAAAUAGCUUUUAGUCUCUUUGGCGAUAGAGUCAAAUAUUGGGUGACUAUUAAUGAGCCUUAUCAAAUCUGUCAUGAGGGAUACGGUUCCGAUGCUUUAGCACCAUUGUUGAAUAUUCACGGUGUUGCAGAAUAUUUGUGUGCGAAAAAUCUUUUGUUAGCUCAUGCUAAAGCAUAUCAUAUCUAUGACGAUGAAUUUAGGUCUACUCUUGAUGGAAAGAUUUUCAUUUCUAUUAGUGCUCGAUGGAAUGAACCGGAUGGAGAAGAACAUGUACAAGCAGCUUACGAUGCAAAUGCAUUCAAUUGGAUGCAAUAUGCUCACCCUAUAUUUUCGAAAACUGGUGAUUUUCCAGAUACAAUGAAGGAAAGAGUAGCGGCUAAGAGCGCUGAGCAAGGCUUUCUAAGAUCAAGACUGCCCGAAUUUACUCCGGAUGAAAUUGCAUACGUGAAGGGAACAUCCGACUUCUUUGGACUAAACCACUAUAGUUGUGCAUAUGUUUAUAGAAACUUCUCAGUAAAUGGGUUUCAUAAAGUACCGUCUUUGCAUCAUGACACAGAAGUUUUGUCCUAUCAAUUAGAUGAGUGGAAGCUUAGCGAAACAAGCACGACUAAGGCGGCCCCAUGAGGGUUUUAUAAUCUCUUAACGUCGAUAAAAGAGCAUUACGAUAAUAUUCCAGUAUUAAUAACUGAGAACGGAAUGGGUGGUGGUAGUGGCUUAGUCGAUGAUGACCGUGUCAAGUACUAUCGGCUUUAUUUAUCGGCUUUGCUUGAUGCGGUAAAUAAUGGAUCGGAUAUCCAAGGAUAUACCGCCUGGAGUCUUAUGGAUAACUUUGAAUGGUUACAUGGAUACAGCACCCGUUUUGGGUUAUAUGAAGUAGAUUAUAACAGUCUCAACCGCACUCGCACACCAAGGAAAUCGGCUUAUGUCUAUAAAGAGUUAGUGCGAACACGACAGCUUGAUGCGCAUUAUGAACCGGAUACUACAAUUCCCUUAUCUUAUAUUUAAGUGACGUUCGAAUAUUAUGUUUUUCUUAGUAUAAUAACAGCCUUUAUAGCACUACCACAGUGCUAUGCUCGCCAUGAAGUCAGAAAAUUCCCUGAAGGAUUCUUUUUCGGAGCUUCUACAGCUGCUUAUCAAGUAGAAGGUGCUUGGAAUGAAGAUGGAAGAUCGGAAAGCAUUUGGGAUUAUUUGAGCCAUAAAACUCCUUGUGCUAUUAAAAAUUGCGAUACCGGAGAUAUAGCAGCUAAUUCUUAUUAUCUUUACAAAAGAGAUGUUGAAAUGAUAAGAGAACUGGGUCUCGACUGCUAUCGAUUCUCUCUUUCAUGGACAAGGGUUCUUCCAACUGGUUUUCCAAAUGUUAUCAAUGAAGCUGGUGUUCAGUAUUAUAAUAACUUAAUAGAUGAACUGCUGAAAUAUAACAUAGAACCCAUAGUAACUAUUUAUCAUUGGGAUUUACCACAAAAACUUCAAGAGCUCGGUGGUUGGGCAAAUCCAAACAUCGUGGAUUGGUACGCCGAUUUUGCGAAAACAGCUUUUAGCCUCUUUGGCGAUAGAGUUAAAUAUUGGUGGAUGCAAUACGCCCAUCCUAUAUUUUCGAAAACUGGUGAUUUUCCGGAAACAAUGAAGAAAAGAGUAGCGGCUAAGAGCGCUGAUCAAGGCUUUUUAAGAUCAAGAUUGCCAGAAUUCACUCCGGAAGAAAUUGAAUACGUGAAGGGAACAUCCGACUUCUUUGGUCUAAACCACUAUAUCUCAUUUUAUAUUUAUAGAAACUCGUCAGUAAAUGGUUUUCAUAAUAUACCGUCAAUCUUUGAUGAUGCAGAGAUUGUUUCGUAUCAAUUGGACAAAUGGAAACUGAGUGAGAAUAGCACAACCAGAGCGUCGCCAUGGGGAUUUUAUAAUCUCUUAACAUCAAUUAAGGAUAAUUACGAUAAUAUUCCCGUGUUUAUCACUGAAAACGGAAUGGGUAGCGGUGGUGUUGGUCUAGACGAUGAUGACCGCGUCGCGUACUAUAGGCUUUAUUUGUCGGCGUUGCUUGAUGCGAUAGACAAUGGAUCUGAUGUCAAAGGAUAUACAGCCUGGAGUCUUAUGGAUAACUUUGAAUGGUUACAUGGAUACAGCAUUCGCUACGGGUUAUAUGAAGUAGACUAUAACAGUCCCAACCGCACUCGUACACCAAGGAAAUCAGCUUAUGUCUACAAAGAGUUAGUGCGCACACGACAGCUUGAUGCGCAUUAUGAACCGGAAAACACUGUUCCCUUAGCUGUGAAUUGAC